CAGCCCACAACACCAUAGAAUUUGCAAAUAAACAGAGCACAGGUAAAGACGUGGAUUGGAGAACAGAGGACCGGAGUCCCAUCAGUGAACUGGCUUGUACAUCGGAGCAGGAGGGCAGAGAGGAAGCUCUAGCUAAGUCAGAAGAACCAAGUCCCAUCAGAGAAAUGGAGUGUACAUCGGAGAACGAGGGUGGAAAGGAAGCUCUACGUAAGUUGGAGGAACAGAGUCCUGUCAGAGCACUGCAGUGUAAAUCAGAGCACGAGGGCAGAGAGAAAUUUCUAGCUAAGUCUCAGGAACAGAGGACCAUCAGAGAUGUGGAGUGUACAUCGGAGCUGGGGGGCAAAGAGGAAGCUCUAGCUAAGUCGGAGGAACAGAGUCCCAUAAGAGAACUGGCUUGUACAUCGGCGCAGGAGGGCAGAGAGGAAGUUCUAGCUAAGUCGGAGGAACAGAGUACCAUCAGAGAAGUGGAGUGUACAUCUGAGCACGAGGGUUGAGAUGAAGCUCUAGCUAAGUCAGAAGUACCAAGUCCCAUCAGAGAAAUGGAGUGUACAUUGGAGCAGGAGGGCGGAAAGGAAGCUCUAGCUAUGUCGGAGGAAUGGAGUCCCAUCAGAGAAGUGGAGUCAACAUCAGAGCUGGAGGGCAGAGAGGAGGCUCUACCUAAGUCGGAGGAACAGAAUUCCAUCAGAGAACUGACGUGUACAUCGGAGUAGGAGGGCGGAGAGGAAGCUAAGUCAGAAGAACCAAGUCCCAUCAGAGAACUGGCUUGUACAUUGGAGCAGGAGGUCAUAGAGGAAGCUCUAGCUAAGUUGGAGGAACAGAAUCCUGUCAGAGAACUGGAGUGUACAUCAGAGCACAAGGGUGGAGAUGAAGCUCUAGCUAUGUCGGAGGAAUGGAGCCCCAUCAGACAAGUAGAGUAUAAAUCUGCGCAGGAGGGCAGAGAGGAGGCUCUAGCUAAGUCGGAGGAUCAGAAUCCCAUCAGAAAACUAGCGUGUACAUCGGAGCUGGAGGGCAAAGAGGAAGCUUUAGCUAAGUCGGAGGAACAGAGUCCCAUCAGAGAACUGCAGUGUACAUCAGAGCACGGGGGUGGAGAUGAAGCUCUAGCUCAGUCAGAAGAACCAAGUCCCAUCAGAGAAGUGGAGUGUACAUCGGAGCUGGAGGAUGGAGAUGAAGCUCUAGCUAAGUCAGAAGAACCAAGUCCCAUCAGAGAACUGGAGUGUACAUUGGAGCAGGAGGGCAGAAAGGAAGCUCUAGCUAUGUCGGAGGAAUGGAGCCCCAUCAGAGAAGUGGAGUCUACAUUGGCGCAGGAGGGCAGAGGGGAAGCUCUAGCUAAGUCAGAGAUACAAAGUCCUGUCAGAGAACUGCAGUGUACAUCAGAGAACAAGGGUGGAGAUGAAGCUCUAGCUAAGUCGGAGGAACAGAGUCCUGUCAGAGAACUAGAGUGGUCAUCAGAGCAUGAGGGCAAAGAAGAAGCUCAAGCUCUGUCGGAGGAACAGUGUUCCAUCAGAGAAGUGGAGUGUACAUCCGAGCACGAGGGUGGAGAUGAAGCUCUAGCUAAGUCAGAAAAACCAAGUCCCAGCAGAGAACUGGAGUGUUCAUUGGAGCAGGAGGGCAGAGGGGAAGCUCUAGCUAAGUCAGAGAUACAAAGUCCUGUCAGAGAACUGCAGUGUACAUCAGAGCACGAGGGUGGAGAGGAAGCUCUACCUAAAUUGGAGGAAAAGAGCCCCAUCAGAGAAGUGGAGUCUACAUCGGCGCAGGAGGGCAGAGACGAAGCUCUACGUAAGUUGGAGGAAUGGAGUCCCAUAAGAGAACUGGCUUGUACAUCGGCGCAGGAGGGCAGAGAGGAAGUUCUAGCUAAGUCGAAGGAACAGAGUACCAUCAGAGAAGUGGACUGUACAUCUGAGCACGAGGGUGGAGAUGAAGCUCUAGCUAAGUCAGAAAAACCAAGUCCCAUCAGAGAAAUGGAGUGUACAUUGGAGCAGGAGGGCGGAAAGGAAGCUCUAGCUCAGUCGGAGGAACAGAGUCCUGUCAGAGAACUGCCGUGUACAUCAGAGCAUGAGGGUGGAGAUGAAGCUCUAGCUAAGUCAGAAGAACCAAGUCCCAUCAGAGAAGUGGAGUGUACAUCAGAGCAGGAGGGUGGAGAGGAAGCUCUAGCUCAGUCAGAAGAACCACGUCCCAUCAGAGAAAUGGAGUGUACAUCGGAGCAGGAGGGCAGAGAGGAAGCUCUACGUAGGUUGGAGGAACAGAAUCCUGUCAGAGAACUGGCUUGUACAUUGGAGCAGGAGGACGCAAAGGAAGCUCUUGCUAAGUCGGAGGAACAGAGUCCCAUCAGAGAACUAGAGUGUACAUCGGAGCUGGAGGGCAAAGAGGAAGCUCUAGCUAUGUCGGAGGAAUGGAGCCCCAUCAGAGAAGUGGAGUCUACAUCGGCGCAGGAGGGCAGAGAGGAAGCUCUAGCUAAGUCUGAGGAACAGAGUCCUGUCAGAGAACUGGCUUGUACAUUGGAGCAGGAGGUCACAAAGGAAUCUCUAGCUACGUCGGAGGAACAAAGUCCCAUCAGAGAACUCCAAUGUACGUCAGAGCAUGAGGGCAGAGAGGAAGCUCUACCUAAGUUGGAGGAACAGAAUCCUGUCAGAGAAGUGGAAUGUACAUCAGAGAACAAGGGUGGAGAUGAAGCUCUAGCUAAGUCGGAGGAACAGAGUGUACAUCGGAGCACGAGGGUGGAGAUGAAGCUCUAGCUAAGUUAGAAGAUCCAAGUCCCAUCAGAGAACUGGAGUGUACAUCAGAGAACGACGGUGGAGAGGAAGCUCUAGCUAAGUCAGAAAUAUCAAGUCCCAUCAGAGUACUGGCUUGUACAUCAGAGCAGGAGGGCAGAGAGGAGGCUCUAGCUAAGUUAGAGGAACAGAGUCCCAUCAGUGAACUGGAGUGUACAUCGGAGCACGAGGGUGGAGAUGGAUCUUCUGACUUAGCUAGAGCUUCAAGUCCCAUCAGAGAACUGGAGUGUACAUCAGAGAACGAGGGUGAAGAGGAAGCUCUAUCUAAGUCAGAAGAACAGAGUAUAACCAAGAAGGCGCUGUGGCCAUCAAAGGACCAGAUGGAGAUUGUGGAGGAUCAACAUUGUGUCACUUGUGGAGUCAAGAGCACCAAGUCACAGCCCCCUCCAGAGCAGCGUAACAACACCAGUUCCACAGGCCCAGAGAAUAUCUUUAUUCCUGGGCAUGGAAAUCAGAGGACUGAUGAUGUUCAGGUGUAUUAUGGGGUGUGUUUUCUUUUCGUAAAAAAACAUAGAAUAAUUGUGAUUAAAUAAUAAAGCUUUCGCUGCUAUUGAUACCAUGGGUGCGUUCACUACGAGGAAACAGUUUCCAACGUUUAAUUCAAUGGAGAUGGCACUGUAUUUAACGACCAGAACAGUGUGAUUAUGGUGGCCCAGAGGGAGAUUUUGUAUGGUGUUUUCUGCACGAGUUUUACGAUUUCAAAUGGUCACACCCAUAUUGAUCUGGCCACACCGCAAAGGCUGCUGAAGAACGAUGUGCACCGUUUUGAGUAAACGUGUCGUUCAGUGCAAAUGUCAAGUAAGGUGCAAAUGUUGAAUCAAACUGAACGCACAUAUGUAACAUUGCUUUAAUAAAGUAAACCAUUUUCUCUUUCUUUCAGAGCCUGGUGGAGUUCCCAGAGGCUCUGGUUAAACUCCAGUCCCUUGCCGUAUCCACCCUCCUGGGCUGUCUCCAGUCCGUCCUCCCCUCCGUCUUCACCUCACAGAGUCUACUGGCUCUCUACUGGCUGGGCGUGGCUAACUGCAGCCAGCCCCACCCACACCUCGCCCUUGUUCUCCUAUUGGAGUCCUGCAUCUACGCCCUGACCUUUGACCCUGACACGACAGAUCAGACAACGCCUCUGACAGUGUUCCACCACCUCCCCCUGCUACAGGUUAAGGAGAUCCUGGUGGGUUUUGGCGGUCAGAGCCUGCGUCUCAAGGCCUCCAGUGAGGAUUGUGUCCUCACCCUCUACACCCACAGCCAGACCCUCACCCAGGCCCUCACCCACACCAUGCUUGGGGUCCUCUGUCCUGGGGACCAGAGAGUGUCCCAACACCCCCUCCUGGUAGAGAACCUGAUGGUUCUGUCUCUGGACUGGAAGGCCCAGGCACCUGACCUGCUGCUGAAUGCUGAACUCAGGCUGUCUGGCCAGUUCCACAGGA